AUGGAUGCAAUAAUUGUUUUGCGCGGAAAUCUGGGCGCCGAAAAAUUUGGCACGCUGGAAAAGGACCUUGACAAGAUCCGGGAAACGUUUUCUUACAUCCGCCGCCGGUCGGAACCUCGCCGUGUGCUGGAAGAGGCGGAGACUGUUCAAAAAUCCAGUACGGCAAGUGAUAGUAGAGAAAAUGGGAGUAACAAUUAUGCAGAAUUUGAUAUAAGAAAGAUCUUGAAGGACGAAGAUGAUGGGAUUGAAGAAUUUAAGAGUGAUCCUUCACAGCCGUACAGCCUCGGUCCAAAGAUUUCAGAUUGGGAUCAGCAAAGAGGUGAGUGGUUGAAAAACAACCCAAAUUUCCCGAAUUUUAUUGCUCCUAAUAAGCCCAGAGUGUUGUUAGUUACUGGGUCAUCCCCGAAGCCAUGUGAGAAUCCUGUGGGGGGAGCAUUACUUGUUGAAGUCUAUAAAGAAUAA